AUGAUGUCAAAGCUGAUCAGCUGGUGGCGACGCUCGCUGCAGCGGCGGCCGGUUCUCACAAACACGCUCGUUUACGCCACGUUCUAUACAGCGGCAGAGCUCUCCCAGCAAACGUUCAACAAAUUCAACUUGCCUGAAAAACCGGAGCUCGACUUAGCAGCGGCAGGGCGUAUUGUUGCAGUAGGCAGUUGCUUGUACCCGACUACUCUUUAUUUUUGGUACAAAUUUCUUGACAGAAAAUUUGUUGGCACCUCUGUAAAGGUGGUGGUCACUAAAGUUGCGUCCGAUCAAUUAAUUAUGUCGCCAAUCCUGCUUGCCGCGUUUUAUACUUUAAUGGGUAUAGCCGAACGCAGAGAAGAUAUCUUUGAAGAGCUCAGGGAGAAGUAUUGGAAGACUUUUAUUGCCAACCAAGUGUUCUGGAUUCCGGGGCAGACAAUAAACUUCUUCUUCAUACCCUCUAAUUUGAGGGUCGUCUAUGUGGCGUCUGCUUCUUUCAUAUGGAUCAAUGUUUUAUGCUUUAUCAAAAGGCAGAAGAAUGAAAAGAAGAUAACAUAA